AACGGUUUUUUGUAGGUAUCAUUUUACGGUAUGUAGCAUACUAGACGAGUACCAUUAAUUUUUAUACAUGAUAGACAAUAGUGUGGCCAAGCCUUUAAAUUGUGGAUUUAAUGCAUUAUACAAUAGUAUAACAAAAUUAUACGCUUAUAGCUCAAGUUCAAAUUGAACGGGGAAAAGUUUGAAAAUAUUAGUCUAUGGAGUGAAAUAUAAAUAAUUAUUUGUAAGUACAGUCUUUUAGUGAUAAAUGAUAAGGAUAUAAAUUUUAGUGAUAGUAAAAAUGAGGAAUAUGAAAUCUCGAUAGCCAUGAUACUACCUGUUUAAAUACAAUAUUAUUUAAAAUUCUUUGUUAAUAAAACAAUAACACUACUGUACUAUUUGUAGGUGUUUUUAAAUAACUAAUAAACGUAAACUAUAAACUUUGAAUUGUAUUUCAGUUUUUUGUUGAGUCGAUCUCAUUUACUUAAUCAUAGUUAAAAUGUCCGCCGACGGCCAUACAAAUCCAUUCAAGUAUUUCUUAGCCGGAGGUUUUGGCGGUGUAUGCACAGUGUUGGUGGGCCAUCCACUAGAUACUAUUAAAGUAUGUCCGCAGUAAUUACUACUACCUACUACUAUAUUAUAAUUGAUUCUGUGUAGGCUUAUGUGUAUACAAUUUGGGAACUUGGACAGUAGUAGAUCAACAUUAUACAAUUGGGUUGAUUUAUCAUUCAUCUGUGAAUGCAAACCUUACACUUAUUCUCACUAAUCUGCAAAGACAUUUUGAUAUAUUUACAGAUAGAAAUUAAUUAGAAUGUAAUGUUAAAUCCAGUCAGUGGCAUUCCAUACUUUAGUACCUACUUAUUUUAAAAGUAUUCCAGGUGUAUUUUAUUUACCUAACUAUGUAUUUUAAAAUCAUAUUACAAAAUUGAAUAUCAGAGAUAUCAAUAAUGUUUUAAGAUAGUUUCUGAUUAUAAUUUUAUUAUUUCAAUUUAUAAUAUAUUUACCCAUAAUAACUAACUUAGAUUUAUCAAUAUUGUAAUUUAUUACUAUAUCAAAUACAUUAAUGGUACCUAUCUGUUUAUUUUUUUGAUAAGCUAUAUUUUUAUUUGGUGUACACUUACAUUAAAUUAAAUACAAUAGUAGGUAUUGUGAAUGCACAAUAGUUUUUCUUUGUACUUACAUAAGUACAAUUUGUCAAGUCAUUAUACAUAAAAUUGUGAUAAGGAGUAGGCCAUAUGAUUUACUUAGUAAUGCUUAGAAUUCAUAAAAAAAAUAUGACUUAUUUUCUUCUUUUGACAGUUUUUACAAUAUAUACAUUCUAAAUAAAUUGUAUAUAUUUAAACAACAUUAGUACUGAAAUUAGUAAUUAUACAUUAAAAUUAUUGUUUGUGAGCAAAUUAAUUUUUGAUAUUUAUUAAAUAUAAAAAAAUAUGUUAAUAAUGGGGAACUUCAUAUUAGUUGAUCUAUACUCAAUGGUAUUACUUACAUAAUUGUUGACUGUUUAGUAUAGAAUUUUUAAAAAACUUUGUAUAAGUUGUACUUUGUGGUCAAAAUACAAAUUUAGUUUAAUUUAGAUUUUUUUUAUAAGGAUUUUAAUAUCAAAUUUUGAUGAAAAUUGUAAAUAUUAUGACCUAUUAAAACACAUUUAACCGAACUCCGCUCAAAAUUGUUUUUAGUUACCAAUGAUUAAUCAUUGUGUAUAGAUAUACAUUAAAUUCCCACCUAUAUACUAUAUACCUUAUACCAUCUAUAUACUUGCCCAACUUCACACCCACAAGUUACAACAAUAACCAAUUGUGUGAAGUAUAUCCUUUUUUUUUUUUAUCUAAUUUUUUAACCGUAGAUUUGAAUUUUACUAAAAAAUUUAUUUAUAAAAUUAAUGGUACCUACUAAUAAUUUAUAACUUUCUAAUGGAAAGUUUCUGUUUGCCAUGAAUCUUAAAAAAUCUAAAUCCAAAACAUUAAGGUUCAAAUUUAGUAUCAGUAAUAUCUAUUAGAUUAUUAUUGUGUUUUAAUAAAAUUUAUUUUGUGUUUGGUAAAUUAAUUUAAAGGCAUUUUUAACAUUUUUACAUGUGUUCUUUUUUUAUUAUUUAUCUUAGGUUAGAUUACAAACAAUGCCUCCUGCACAAUUAGGUAAAACACCUAUUUACAAUGGAGCCUGGGACUGUGCUGUUAAGACUGUUCAGAAAGAGGGGUUUUUUGGUUUAUACAAAGGUACUUUCUUGUUAUUUUCAUCGUAAUUUUUCUAUGAAAAGUUUUACUAACUAAUUAUAUUCUAUUCUAGUUAUAUUACUAAUACUGUUGAAACUAUUUGUAUUUAUUUUUAAAAUAAUCUUAUUAUUUAUAAAAUUAUAAUGUUUUUAGCAUAAAUAUUAUUUUGACAACAAUCUAGUUUUUUUUCUAAACAUUUAAUUUUCUAUAUUAGAUUUUUAAAUUAUUUUAUUGAAAAAUUAAAUACAAUUUUACUUAAUUUUUAUUUAAUCAUAGCUUAAAGUCAAAACCUAAGUAAUAAUAACUAAAAUGUAUUCCUUUGUCAAUUUUAAUUUCAUAAAAAACUAGAAAAUAACACAUUUUAUUUAUCAUGUACUUAUUGUUUAUUUUCUUUUUUCUAAAAUGAGUAGGAACAGAUUGAAUAGAUUAACCAACAAUUGUAUAGGCUAAAUAACUUAUUUUGGUUACAAAUAAAAUGUAAAAAAAAAAGAAUUAUAAAAUUUAAUCCUAAUUAUAAUAAAAUAUUAGUUGUUUGGUUUGUUUAGGGUUUAUAGUUCAAAUAGUUCUUGAGUUAAAUGCAUCAGUAUUCACAUUCUAUCAUAUAAGCAGCUAGUGAAAUUCUGAAAAACAAAAAAAAAAUCUAAAAGCUUUACUUCAAUAUAUCUAAAAUAAUUUAUUUAAUUUAUUUUUGAUUAUAAAUAACUGAUGAUUAAGAAAAUAGUCAAAAUUAACAUAAUAAUUACAUUAUAAUUUUUAUUUAGUUUUAUACAGGGUUUUACCUAUGGCAAUUUGGAAUUUUGUUGCUCUAUGUUCCAGUUAUUAUAAACUCUAUAAUGUAUUCUUUGCUAUAUGAGUUCUUACUCAUAUAACAAAGAAAAGGCUGAAACACAAUCUGUAGUUCCACAGUUUAUGUUCCAAAGUAGAACAAAGAAUAUUAAUAUUGAUAAUAAGUACACAGAAGUGUUUUUUUUUCAAACUUAAAAAGAAUGAUUUUACAAUAAAAUAUUCUAAUGUUUGGUGUUUAUUCAUUUAUAUUUACUUUUAUUAAUUUUCUCAUACCUUUGUUAAUUACAUUAUUUUUUCAGGUAUGGCAGCUCCUAUUACAGGUGUAGCUCCAAUAUUUGCUAUCAGCUUUUUAGGAUUUGGACUAGGGAAAAAAUUAUUCUCCACUACUGAAGAUAAAAAUGAAAAUUUAACUUCAUCUCGCCUAUUUUGUGCUGGAUCAUUUUCUGGUAUUUUCACAGCAAUCAUUAUGGUUCCAGGGGAACGCAUUAAAUGUAUUUUACAAGUGCAGGAGUGCGGCAACCAAAAAUAUGAUGGUCCAAUCAGUGUUAUUAAAAAUUUAUACAAAGAAGGUGGAAUAAGAAGUUUAUAUAAAGGAACCUGUGCUACUUUACUCAGAGGUAAUGCAUUAUUGUUUUAUUUACCUACUAAUAUUUAAUGUGGUGUUCAAAUAAUUCAUUAAAUAAUGUUUUAAAGUAUUGAUAUAUUUAUGUUAAUUAAAAUACAAGGAAUUCAAAAAUACGUAUGUAUUUAUAUUAUUUUUAAAAAUAAUUUAAAAGAAUAUAAUAUAUCAUAAUAAUAUUUAUCUUUUAUUUUGUGCAGUGAAAUUCAAAAUUUUUUCUUUUUCAUUUUUGAUAUCUCUUCUUUUAACAAUGAUUUACUUAUGUAUGUUCCAUUUUUUAAUAGUAUACUUCUUUCUGAAGUCACAUGUAAUGUUCUAUUAAUAAUUGAUUCUGAACUGUUAACAAAAUAAUCCAUAGUAUUGGUAGUUCCCAUUGUAACAAUAGUAUUGUUUCUAUUACUUAAAGUGUUUUUGGAAAUAUGAUCUAAAGAAUCUGUGUUGAAAAUUGAAAUAUUUUUCGAGUUUGGAUUCAAUGUUAAUGUGAUAUUUUUUGGCUCGGUUGGUUGAAUAUUUAGUUUAUUGAGUAGUUUAUAAUGUUUGAAUUCUUUAUACUUUUUCUUCAUGUAAGGAUUGACACCAUAGGUUUUGCUAUCACAAUUCAAAUAUUUUCUUAACACAUAUGAAACAGUUUUUCCUUUCAAUUUUUCUGGAUUUAAACAUAUAGGUUCUAACUUUUUAUUAUACAUAUAUACCGUUGUACUUUUUACUGUACAGCUAUAUCCUUUCUUUAAAUGAUCCCAUUCACAAAAUCGUUUGUUCAUUUUUUCCAUACUUUUGGUCAUUAACGAAACGUCCCAUGAUUUCAUACUGCAAGUACAGUGCAGUGGAUUCAUAUCUAAUCUUAUUAAUUUUACAUUUGAUACAGUCUUGAAUAUUCCAUCAGCCAGAACUAUUAGUUGGUUAUUAUUUAAGAUUAAUUCCUGCAAUGAAAAUUGGUUAUCAAAUAAUCCAGGAGGCAAUUCACGUAGUUGGUUGUAUGAUAAAUCUAAAUGUUCCAAGUUGUAAAUACCAUAGAAUGAAUCCAUUGAGACUGAUUGUAUUGAACAAUUACUGAGUAUGAGGCGCUUAAUAUUUGGUAUUUCAACAAAAGCGUCAAAAGCUAUAUGGUUGAUGGUACCUUUAAUAUUAAGCUCCACUAGUUUUGAAAGUCCAAUUAAUAAGCUUCGAUCUAGAAUAGUCAAGUUAAUAUUAAUUAAAUGCAAUAUUUCUAGAGAGUCUAGACCAAUAAAAGAGUUUUGAUGUAAAUAAAGUUGUGUAUCAUUAGAUCCCAAUGUAAGUUCUAUAGUAGCAUUGAGAACUUCAAAUGUAUUCGGGUAUACAGUUUCAAUUGGAUUUUUACUUAAAUCUGCAACUUUUAAUUUAGGCAAUGGUGGGAAUGUACUUUCUGAUAAAACAUUAAGAGCAUUAUUUUUCAAGUUCAGAUACUGUAAAUCAAGGAGGCCAGCGAGUCCAGUUAUUUGCAAAUGUCUAAUUUUGUUAUUAGCCAAGGAUAAACUUUUUAAUGUACUAGCACCAUAAAAUGAAAAAUCUGGAAUAUACUCGAUUGCGUUGUUGUCUAGAAUUAAAGUUUCUAAUGAAUCUAAACCAUUAAAUAAGUCCCAAGAUACAUCUUUAAGACCACAAUUUGUAAUUCUUAAAAACAAUAAAUUUUUAUUGUUUAAAAAUAUACUAUUUGAUUUUGCUCUACUCUUUUUAAUUUUCUUAUAAGUGUUGUAUGGAACCAUGUCAACAUCUUUGGGCUGCAAAAAUAUAAAACUGUUUUUUAAAACAUUAUUCUCUUUAUGUAAAUAGUACAUUGGUAAGACUGGUACGAGUUCAUUAAAUGCAUAAGAAUUUUCUUUUCUAUAGACUUUAUUGUCUAUUGUUAGACUUGGCUCAUUGUUUUCCAGUGUUAUUUUGUCAAAUGAUACAUUUUGAAUAUUUAUAUAUUUUAUAUUUUUUAUUGACUUAAACAUUUUAUCUGUAAUAUAAAUUCUUGUAGGUACAUUAUUUCCAUGAAUUUCAAACAAAACUAGAUUAGGCAAUUUUAUAUCAUCAUCUAUAAUAAUAUUGUUUGAAUCAAUUGUUUGAAAUAAAAUCAGUGCCUGAAAAAUAAAUAAUAUAUUUUGUUAAAAUUAUGUAAAAUCAACCAAAAAGUUUUAAAAUUUUAUUAGGUUUAUUUAUUUUUACCUACUAUUCAUUACAUGAGUAUAUUUUAUUUUUCGUAAUUUGUAUUAUUACACUUAAAUUAUUUUUAAUAGUUAAAUCAAUAUCUAUUUAUUUACCUCUGUGUCUAAUGGAAGAAAAUAUAAAAACUCCUUAGGGUUUGUAACAUUCAUAAACAUACAUAGAGCUGUCUUAAAUAACUGCCCAUUGUGAUUGGUUAUUGGUGAGGUUCUUUCAUCUUCUUCAAAAACCUUUACAUAAAUAGUAUAGUAAUAUUAUAAUAUUAUUUUUUUGUAAUCCAUAUUCUAUAGUAUAAUUAUAAUGUUUUCCAUAUUAUAUUAAUAUCAUUUUUAUAUUACUUCAUUUUGGGUAUUAAAUGUUUGCAGUUCUAGUUCAGAAUUUAUUCCAUUAUUCAUCCAUUUGACAAUAGGUAAAUCCACAAAAUCUGUGUUCUUACAGGUACAAGCUCUAGGACAAUCUUGACCCCAUUGUUUAUUUACAUCAACACUCUGGACCUGCUUUAAGAUUCAUAAUCAUUAACAUACAAUAUUAUUGUCUUCAAACAGAAUAAUCCUAUUUUAAAUUUAAUAUUUAAAUUGUAUAAUUAUAUAUACAUUUAUACAUUUAUUUAUUUAAUAAUAACUAAUAAGUAAUAGUUAAUAUUUUAAAAUUUCCAUUGUAUAAUCAGUGGCGGCAUGAUAGGAUAUUUUAUGAGGUGAUGGUCUCAUGACCAAUUGGGCGGUACCCCCAGGCUAAAACAAUUAAUUGUUGCUAACUGAUACUCAAUUUUUAAUACUUUAUUGUUAUUAUAUAAAUAUUUAUAUUAAUAUUUAAAAUACAUGUUAUCAGUGCCCAAUUUUAUUAAUUUUUAAUAUUCAUAAAACAUAAAAUCACCAUGAUUUUAAGCAUUUUCUUGUGGAAUGGUAAAUUGGAGUAGAGGUAGGAAGAAAGAGGGUGGUGCAGGGUCUUUGUACCCACGACUGUCUAAUAACAUCUAGUAGUGUGUCAAUGUAGUGGUAGUGGUGGUUAAUUUCUAAUAUCUAUGUUUGCCUCAUGAAAUAAAAAUGUUCAUGCCGCCACUGAGUUUAAUAUUACACCAGUUUAUUAUUAUAGUGUUGUCAAUUUGUUUGAGAGUAUAUAUAUACAAUUAAUAUGAAAUAUUUUCACCAUUUAUACUUUUGAUAGUGGACUCAACAAACUCAUUACUUAAGUAUACAUGCAUUCUAUAUUCUCAUAUUAAUUAAAAAUAAUUUUUUUUGUAUAAAUUCUAAAUAUUUUAUUUUAUUAUUUUUCUAUAUUAUGAUCCAUUAAAUUUAAAUAAUGUAAACAUUUUUUGUUUGACUCUAAUGCAUUUGUGGACAAUAUUCAAAGUUAUACAGACUUUCAAUCUUCAUUUAAAACUUUUCAUAUAAAUGAAAUAUUUAAGUUUAUACACGUUGAUUAUAAUUUUAUCCCCUUAAUUUCUUGUUAUUUUAGUAUUGUAAAAUGCAAAGAAAUAAUUUAGUAAAUUACUACCUAUAUUAUUCUCUAGUAAUAUAAAAUUAAUCAAUAGGAAAUUGUAUCCAACAAUUUAAAUUUGUUUGGAUAUUUCAUAGCAGUCUUUUAAUAGGUCAUUAAAACUGAACUAAUAUUAGAAGUAUUAUUAUUUGAGUAAAUGGUAACAUUUUAAUAUUGAGUUUUAAACAAGGGUAGGUUAAUCAAAUAUUGUAAUGAUUUAUUAUUAUUUUACACAUUUAAAUAAAAAAUUCCUAUUUUCUAUUAAUUAAUACAUUAUAUUUAUUUUCAAUAAAUGCUGGUAAUAAAUAUAAUAUUAAAAAAAUGAUUGGUUUAAUUAAUAAAAUAUAUUAUUUAUUGAAUUGAUUAAUGAUUAUUUUCAAGGAAUCAAUGAUUUUAAGUAGGUAUGUUCCUUGUUCUUCUUAUUUACUAAAAUGUUGUUUUCUUAUUCUAUGUUGAUUAAUUGUUUAGAUCAGUAUCUUAUUUUUUAUUGGUAUUGGAUUAAUAAUAUAAUUAAUUAAUAUCAGUUAAAAUAUUAUAAAUUUAAAAACCCAUGUGAUAUUGUCAUUAGUCAUACCUUUUUAUCCAAACUCGUAACUUGUAGUAUUUACAUAUUUAUGUUUAUAAGUUUUAUAGACAUCUUAGUAAGCUAUACAUUUAUUUCUAAUCACCAAGAUGUCAAACUCAAAUUUGUUUGUUUAAUAAUUCGAAGUUUCCAUACCAUUUUAGUGUUUUAGUCCUACUUUUUCACUAAUUUUCUUUUACCUGUUUUUUUUUUUUUAAUUAGUUGUCAAAGAGAAAAUAACUAAUUUUUUUAGAAAAAUUUAAUUAUUUUUUAAAACUUGAAUUUAUUUAAUUUUGAAUCAAUUUAAGAUAAAAAUAUCAAAAACUCAUUCAUUUAAAUCAUUAUAACUUUUUUUUUGUGCAUGGUAAUCAAAGAAUAAUAGUAAACAAUAUUCAGAAUAAUCAAAUAAAUCAAAUUAUAAACAAACAAAAUGUAAAAGUACUAUAAUAAUCUUGUAAUCUAAUUUUUUUUUUAAUAAACUUUGUGAAGGUUUAAAGAAGUUUUUAGUGCAUAUUUAAGUGCUUCUAUUAAUUUUUUUUUUAAAAUUAUAUUGCUCUUCAACAAAAUAUUUUUGAGCUACAAGUUAAUAAACCUGAUAACAGGCAGGAGAUAAUAGACAGGAGUUUUUUGGAGGGGGGGUUCAAACAUACAAUUUUUCACCAACUAUCUAUAAUUGUACCAAUAAUCUGUUUUUUGUUGAGAUGCUUAAAUUUUGAGGAUUCCUCUUGUCUACAUGCCUGUCUGAUAACUUAUAAAAUAGAUGAUAAUAAUAAUAUGUUAAGUUUGUUUUAUUAGAACGAGAUGGCACUUCUUGUGUUUUGGUAUAUAUUUAUAAUAUAAUUUUGAAUUGUGGUUAAAUAUUAGACUGUAUUGUUUGACCUAACCCAAGUAAAAUAUUGGUACCUAACAUCAUUUGUGGAGAAAACUUUAAAGUUCUCUAACUGGGAUAACAUAAAUGUGUUUUAUUUAAAUUGACUUACCUGUAAAUUGACACACACACUGAUAACUAAGCACCAUAAUAAAUAAAUCUUGUAAAAAAUCAUUUUUUAAAAAAAUUAAUUUUUUAUUUUGUAGGUAUAUUUUUAUAUGUUUUUAAAUCCACUCCCGAACAACAUGUGGUAUACAUAAGUAUAUAUUAUAACAAUAUUUUGCUGUUAUUAUUAUUACAACAAUUUUUUCAUUAUAUUUUACUAAAAUAUUAUACUGGACUGACAUACAAUAAUGUUAUCUUAUUUUACUUCCGGUCCAUCACGCUGAAACAGGAACUAGACUGCGAUAUUAUUAUGUAUAUUGUUGUGGGAGUGAAAUUACACUAGAUGAAUUUAUCAGUUUUAUAAUAAUGUCUAUAUACUGUGACAAAGUAGGUACUUAUAUUAUUUUUAUAAUCAAAACUUAUAAAAUGUGAUAUUAAUGUCGAGACAUAUUUUAUAUUUAUGAUAAAUAGAUUGGACAAAUUGUUCAGUGAAUACUAUCAAAAUGUAUUUUAUUUAUGAGAAUAUUUUUAUAAAAAAAAAAUACUGACAUACUUUGCACCAUGGGUGGGCCAUUGUUUUAGGUAAGAAUUUGGGAAGGUAGGAUAUAGAAGGAAAUUUAAUUUAUAUCUAUUAAUUAAUUAAUUAAUCUUUGAUAACGAAAAACGAUUUUAAGUGAAGUUCGGUUACACAUAUUUUGGAAACCGUAAUAUUUAUGAUUUUCAUCAAAAUUUGAUAUUAAAAUUCUUUUAAAAAAAUUCUAUAUUAAACAUAACUUUUUUUUGGCCACAAAUUAUGACUUAUAAUGAACAUUCUGUAAAAUUUUCUAGCUUUUCUGUUUAGUUUAAAAAUGUUUUUAACAAAGUACCUACCAAAUAAAAAUUAUGUAUAGGUACAACUCAUAAAAUUAACCGAGUCUGUAAAUAGCUUAAAUUUUAUCACAUCUAGAAAAAGUAAAUUUAAGUUUUAUGUUAAUAUGUCAAGUCUCUUUCAAUAUUUUUAACUGAAUUACAACAAUAAACGUACUUCGCAUUUGGAUGGGCUACUGCUGUAGGUGAGAAGUUGGAAAGGUGGAGGGGAAAUUUAAUGUUUAUCCGUACACAAUGAUUAACUAUUGCUAAUGAAAAACAAUUUUGUUCUGUAAAUCGUGUUGCUUUUUCAACAAUAUGUAUGUCAUAUUAUGCUAAAAUAAUUGCAUAUACAUUAUAUAUUUUCUUUAAUAAUAUUUGUUUAAUAUUGUACCUAUUUUCCUUUUAUAAAAGGUGCUAUACUUGUAAAUCAGAGUAAAAUUGCUUGUAGUAGAGUUGCCCACAGAAAAGAAAAACCAUCAUUGUAAAACUAAUAGAAUAUAAAACAAAAUUGAAAACAAUAAAUAAUUAUUUUUGUACAUUUUCCAUUCUUCUAUGUUUUUUUUUGUUGAUCAUCAAUUUUUAUUAUACAUUAAGUAAAUAUUCCUAUUUUUUGCCAAUUUUUCUCAAUUAUUAUGAAAACCGUUAAAUAAAAUUCAAAAGAUUACCUCCUUGAGGUACCAUCCAUAUAAAAUUUCCUUUCUGAAAAGGUACUACUUUUGAAAAUCUAAGUAAAAGUUGUUUAUAAACAAAAAAAAUUAAUGUAAACCAAAAUAUGCAUCAUAGUAAAAUCAAUAGAUCCCUUGCCACCACUGGAUCUAAAAUUUGCUAUAAUUUGAAAUUCUAUUUGGAUAAAUAAGAGCCAUGACAUGUGCUAAUAUUAUUUGUACUUCAAUAUUUUAUAAAAUUAUUAUUAAUCUUAAAGUUAGGAUGUACUAUUAAAUUUUAAUGUACCUAUUUAAUAUUUUUUUUUCUGUUUACAGAUAUUCCUGCUUGUGGUGUGUAUUUUACCACCUAUGAAUUAUUAGUAAGAUAUCAAAAAAAGAACAACUCUGAAGGACUCAUGAACACAAUUUUUGCUGGAGGUAUGGCUGGUAUAGUUAACUGGUUAAUCGCUAUGCCUGCAGAUGUGCUCAAAAGUCGUUUACAAAUAGGUUUGUACAUGUACUGAAAUAUUUACAUAGCUCAUAUUAAUAUGUUUUACUAUUCAACUAAAAUUGAAUGGUAUGUAUUACUGAUAAAGUAUGAAAACCAGUAAUGUAUACAUUAUCCAAGUAAUGUGAAACUUAUCCCUUAUUAAUUAUUACCUGUAAGAUGAUAAUUGAUAAUUAAAAUACCCAAAUAUUUACCUUAGCCAAUGUGCUAUAAAUAAAUUAAACCAUUAGUGAAACAAAAAGUACUAUAUUUUCUUAUACAUUUUAUUGUUAAUAAUAAUAAAUUAAAUAUUGAAUUACAUGUAUAGUGGAGUUACAAAUUGUGUUUAGAAGUAAAUUAAGUAUAUUAAUAAAGAGUAAUAUAUUUGAUUUAAUAAUUAAGUUAAAACUUAUUUGUUUUUAAAAAAGAAAAUAGAAUCCAAUGUAUUAUAUGAAUAAUUUAUUUAAUAUUAUUAAAAAAAAACUAAUCGAACUUUGUAAAAGUCUGUGGUUUGUUUAAACACCUUACCACCCACAUAAAAUUAAAAUCUGACAGAUGCCUUAAAGAAAAAUGUAUUGGUAAAAAAGUAUGCAAUGAAAAAUUAAUUUAUUGUUUAUAAAAUAUAAGUAAAUAUUUUAUUAUAAUAUAGUGUAAUGUCUAUUGUACAAAUAUAUAAAAAAAAAAAAAGGUAUCCUAAUGAGGUGGAUGUAUCUAGUGUUUUGCUAGAAGUUGGUUGGUGUUUGGUUUGAUUUUCAUAAGAAGCAUUCUCAAGUUGUAACCAUGUAAUUUUGUUGUGAGUAGAUUAAUUAUUGCGCUAAACCCACAUUAAACCAAGUAGGAUGAUGGAAAUGCUAAAAAAAAUGUUUGUACAAUAAUCCAAAUUCCAGGAUAAAGUAUAGAUAUCUGCUUUUGCAGCCAAAAUGCUUGGUAUCUAUCAAUUUAAAUUUCUCAUUUGUAGUUACUUCUAUCAAUUCAUCUUCUAAUUUUGAAGAAUCUGUAUUUGAAAAUGGAUCUAAAACCUAUUUGGGUGUAUCCAUUUUAAAAAUAUUGUUAAAUCGUUUGUUGAACAAUAAUUUGUACUGUAUAAUGUUGAAAAAAAUUAAAACAGUCACCACUCCAUUUUGCAAUACAAUACCUCCUAUUAUACUUUUAACUUUCAUUGCUCGUCUAGAUAGCCUUAGUGCUCCCAAUGAGGUGAAACACUGCUAAACAGUAUACAUAAAUAUAAAUUAAUAUUUUAGAUUCUCUGAUGUUUAUUUUUUUUUCUGUUGACAACUUUUCUACCAGAAAUUUUGCACCAAUAUUCAAGUGUAGAACUUUUUCUGAAAGGAAAUUUGAUUGUGGUGCUUGAAGGAGGUAGUUUUUUUAUUUUUUCCAGCCGUUUUGAUAAUCAAAAGGAAUUGGAGGGGGGAAUUAUGCAAUUUUGAAUUUGUUUUUUUGUUUUGAUUCAGUUAGGUUAGGUUAGGUUAGGAUUCAGUUAAAAAUAUUUGUAGAGACUUGAAGUUUGGACAGAAUACUUAUAUUUGCCUUUUCUAGAAAUAGUAAUAUUUUUAAAACAUUGUAGCCAUUUUUGAGCUGUUUAUAGGGGGUGGUUACAUACAAUUUGUUUGGUAGGUACUCUGUGGAUAAAAUUGUUAGACCAAACAGAAAUAUUAUACAUUUUAACAAAAGGUUCAUUAUAAGUUGUACUUUGUGGUAAACAAAAAAUUGAGUUUAAUGUAGUAUUUUUUUUUUUUUAUAAGAAUUUUAAUAUUAAAUUUUGAUGAAAUUAGUAAAUAUUACAAAGCAAAAUUUUUAACCAAACUGAUCAGAAUCAGUUUUCAUUAGCAAUGGUUAAUUUUUGUAUACAGAUAUAUAGGUACAUUAAAUUUACCCUUUACCUUCCCAAUUUCUCAUCUAUAACAGCGGCCCACCCAUUGUGUGAAGUAUGUUUAGUAUUUUUGAGUAUACCAAAACAAAUUUAGAAAAUGGUAAGUAGGUAUACCUAAGCCUUAAAAACACUGUAUGGAAAAGUUUUUAUUGAAACACUGAGAUAUUCUGUAGAUAAUUUCUGGAUUAAUCACUAAUAGUUUGUUAUUUUAAUAAGAAACAAAAGAAAAUUUGCUAUUACAGUGAUUAUUUUCAUAAACAAUUUAAAAUGUAAAAAAAUGUGAAUGCAAUGAAAUAUUAAAAUUCAGAUUCAUCAUAUUGCUUUGCAUAUAAAUCAUGUGAUAAUACAGAAUUUUUUUAAUCAAUUGAAGUAAUAUUGUUUAUUUUUUUGCCUGAUUUACUAAAUUUUCUAAGUAAUUCUAAUAAUACAGCUCUAUUUAAAUAAAGACACAAACAAAAUUUAAGAAUUCUAGUGAUAAGUAAAAAUAAUUUCUAAAAAUAUGUAAAAAUAGUUCUUACCUAUUUUUUGUUAAAUUGGGCAGUAUUUUAUUUACAACUUUGUAAUUAUUAGUACAUUUUUUUUUAGCACCAGAAGGAAUGUAUCCACGAGGUAUCAGAGAUGUAUUUGUACAACUUUACAGAGAAGAAGGACUGAAAGCAUUGUAUGCUGGUGUGACACCUGUCAUGCUUAGAGCAUUCCCAGCUAACGCUGCUUGUUUUUUGGGUGUGGAAUUAGGAUUGAAAGGUCUGAACUUUGUUUUCCCCCCCCAAAACAAAGACAUCUACAAAUCCAAAAAUCUAUAAUUAUUUUAUUGACAAUCUACUUAUGGGAUGGACAUUAAUAUUGGGAAGCUCAUGGUUCUUUAUAAUUUUCUAUUUAUUGCUAUUAUUAUUAUUUGUUUAAUAUAUGGUAGGUACUGAGCUUAUGAUAAAAAAAUUAUUAUUCUUUUCGAGUGGCCAAUUUCAUUGGAUAGAUAUUAUGUUAUAUUUAUUAUAGAUUUUAUGUAAUUUAUUUUUAUUAUAUAAACAGUAUCAAUGGUAUCUAUAGGUAUUUAUUUAUUUAUGUUUGGGUGUAUUAAGUUUUUUAUGUACCUAUAUUGUUAUAUUAUAUUAAUUAUAUUUAUUUAAACAUUGUAAAUCCUAUAGUUAAGUUAUAUAAAAUUAUAAGAAACAUUUUUUUUUUAUUUCUUUUAUAUACAUAUAUAAAACAUAUGUGUUAGAUUCUAAUAGUUUAUUUUAAAAUAUCAACCACUUCAAAUAAAAAUUAAAUAAAUUAUACCUAUCCAUAAUGAUGAUCCAGAAUGUUAUAACUCAUAUUAAUUAUUGAC